UGCAAAUUCGAAACGAAAGCGAAAUAUUGAACAAAAUUGCUUUUCAUGUGUCAGUCAGUUUUGUGAUCUUCAAGCAGCCUCAACAUGGCAUCUGCUAAGCUGUUUCUUGCUGUAGCCAUUUUGGCCACCCUCUCUCUCACCGUGAAUUCCGGUUUUCUGGAUUAUGUUUAUCCUACCCUUAUGUCGGAAUUCUAUAGCUUGGCACCUACGAAGGAGGGUUAUCGUUUUAACUUGGAAGAACCAAAUGGCAGCAAACGGGAGGAGAUCGGUGUGAUAAUGAAUCCCGACACCGACGACGAGCAGCUCGUUGUCAUGGGUAGCUACACAGUGUACGAUGAGAAGACAGACACCGAAACGAUCACAAUGUACACAGCCGACAAGGAUGGUUACAAGCCGCGCUAUAUGAUCAAGAACCGCAAAUUGAGCCCUGGUGCUUUGAAAUCCGCCGCUGGUUAAGCAAAAUGAAGCUAGCUUUUUAAUAUUUACUUAAGGAUAAAAUCUUGUAAAUUUUAAUUAAACUGUUUUUUGUUUUCAAAAGUAAUUUAAAAUACUGUUUAAUACUCGAUUAUUUACUGCCAUUUUUGUAUGAAAUAAAGCUUUUA